AUGGCCGCCGCCGCCGCCGCCACGCGCACCACUGUUGCUGCUGCCGCCGCCACCGUAUCCGCCAUAUCCUCUACUUCCGACUCCGACUCUGAGUCCGGCGAUCUCCAACUCCUCCUCCCAAACCUCCUCCCCGCUUCAACCGCCGCCGCCUCCGCAUCCGAGGCGCAGCUCCACCAGUUCCACAUCCCUGCGCUCCCGUCCCCCGUCACCGUCCGCACCAUCCCUUCCCUCGGGCUCACCUUCCAGCUCUGGCCCUCCGCCACCACGCUCCUGCGCUUCCUCCCGGCCUCCCCGCAUCUCCUGCCGCGCGCCCCCUCCCCACACUGUCCACUGAGCAUCCUAGAGCUCGGCUCCGGGACCGGCGCCGCGGGCCUCGCCCUGGCCGCCGCCCUCCCAGCGCACACCGUCCUCUCCGAUCUCCCCGCCGCGCUCCCCAAUCUCCUCCACAACGCCUCCCUCAACGCGUCCCUCCUCGACUCCCGCGGUGGUUCCGUCUCCGUCGUCUCGCUCCCCUGGGGCGAUGCCGCCGCGAUGGAGGCUGUGGUGGCCCCCGCGCCGGCGUCUGGAUUUGACCUCGUUGUGGCGUCGGACGUGGUCUACUACGAGACUUUAGUUGACCCCUUGAUGGAGACGCUUCGGUUCUUCGUGAAGGGGGAGGUGGUGUUCUUGAUGGCGCACAUGAGGAGGUGGAAGCGCACUGAUAAGAAGUUCUUUGGGAAGGCGAGGAAGGUGUUCGACAUUGAGGUGUUGCACAAGGAUCCACCCCCGGAAGGUUGGCGCCACGGUCCGGUGGUCUACAGGUUCACUGCGAAGAAGCAGCCUGGCAAGAAGUGAAUAAGAAGCUGCCAAAAGGUAAUGGAUGUUUCCUUGCCUAUUCCCAUGCCAGUAGAUUCUAAUGUUAGGGUUGAACGCGUCCUUGCAAACCAUGUAACAAACUAAACUGAAAAUGUUUGUUCCGAGUUCGGAACAGUGUAACAUUGUGUAACUGAGAAAGAAAAUUGGUU